GGGUGGCCGGAAGUGGCGAGUGCCUGGCGGCGCCUGGCGCAGGGUGAGGGGCGCGGGGAAGCCGCUGGGGCACCCCAGGGCGGCGGCGGCGGCGGGAGGCUCCGGGGCGGCGGCAUGAAGGGAGGCGCCGCAGAUUACUGGAGGUCUGAUCUGUGUGGCACCAUGGACUCGUCAGAAGAGACUGGAGGCUCCUGUGCAGAAGAGAACUACUUUGUUAACUACACCUUCACUGAUCGCUCACACUCAGGCCGCGUGGCCCAGGGGAUUAUGAAAUUAUGUUUGGAGGAUGAGCUCUUUGCUGACGUUACAAUAUCAGUGGAAGGCAAAGAAUUCCAGCUGCACCGUUUGGUCCUCUCAGCUCAGAGCUGCUUUUUUCGUUCCAUGUUCACUUCUAACCUGAAGGAAGCUCACAACCGGGUGAUUGAGCUGCAGGAUGUUAGUGAGAGUGUCUUUCAGCUCCUGGUGGACUAUAUUUACCAUGGGACUGUAAAGCUGAGGGCCGAGGAGUUGCAGGAAACUUAUGAAGUGGCAGACAUGUACCAGCUGACUGCCCUUUUUGAAGAAUGUUCCCGUUUUCUGGCCCGUACAGUGCAGGUCAGGAACUGUCUGCAGGUGAUGUGGCUAGCAGAUCAGCACAGUGACGUGGAGCUCUACACAGCUGCCAAACACUGUGCAAAGUCACAUUUGUCUCAGCUGCAAGACACAGAAGAGUUCCUGCACCUACCUCUUCGCCUACUGACAGACAUCCUUACAGAUGGCGUUCCAUGUUCUCAGAAUCCAACAGCUGCCAUAGAAACCUGGAUCAACUUCAACAAGGAGGAGCGUGCAGGCUUUUCAGAGACACUGCGAUCAAGUCUGAAGGUGAUUGGAGAAAAUGUUCACAUCUACCUGAUUGGAAAGGAGUCAUCACGAACACAUUCACUCGCUGUCUCUCUGCAUUGUGCUGAUGACGACUCCAUCAGUGUGAGUGGCCAGAACAGCCUGUGUCACCAGAUCACAGCUGCCUGCAAGCAUGGUAGUGACCUAUACGUUGUUGGUGGUUCCAUUCCGCGACGCAUGUGGAAAUGCAACAAUGCAACUAUAGACUGGGAAUGGUGUGCCCCUCUGCCCCGUGAUCGGCUCCAACACACUCUUGUCUCUGUGCCAAGCAAGGAUGCAAUAUACUCCCUGGGGGGCAAAACUCUGCAAGACACUCUCUCUAAUGCUGUCAUAUAUUACAGAGUACGAGACAAUGUGUGGACAGAGACCAGCCAGUUGGAGGUGGCUGUCUCUGGGGCUGCAGGUGUAAAUCUUAAUGGUGUCAUUUACCUGCUGGGCGGGGAGGAAAAUGACUUGGACUUUUUCACCAAGCCCUCUCGGCUUAUUCAGUGCUAUGAUACCAACACAGAGAAAUGCCACGUGAAGCCGUACGUACUGCCUUUUGCAGGGCGCAUGCAUGCUGCUGUGCACAAGGAUGUGGUGUUCAUUGUAGCUGAGGGGGAUUCACUGCUUUGCUAUAAUCCCUUACUGGAUAGCUUCACCCGGCUGUGCCUGCCAGACGCCUGGAGCUCAGUACCAUCCCUCUGGAAGAUUGCCAGCUGCAAUGGCAGCAUCUACGUUUUCCGAGACCGCUAUAAAAAGGGUGAUGCAAAUACUUUUAAACUUAACCCAGCCACCUCUGUUGUAACAGUCACAAGUGGCAUCAAAGUGCUACUCACUAACCUGCAGUUUGUCCUGGCCUAAUGGGGAAGGGCAGGCCCAGUAACAGGAAAGGCAGCAACAGUGUUCUGCUGUGCAGCUCAGAGGUACCCACCACCGUCAGCACCAGUCCCAGUUACUACAAGCGCACAACAGCCAGUAAAGAGCCCAUCUGCACAGAGGAAGUACAGGCCUGUUCUUUUAGAUAGCUCUAUUAAAGCUGAACUGAUGCAUCUUAGAUUUCAGAUGGACUAAAUGCUAUUACUGUGAUCCCUUGAUGAUAAGCUGCUUGUGUUUGAGGCCCAAACCACAGCAAGUGGCUUUUUUAGCUUGGAACCCGUCCACAAAUCCUAUAGUGUAUGAGGGACAUCCUCCUUGGCACAGACGCUAAGUUUUAACUGCCUGGGAGACUAUGUGUUGUUGCCAUUGUCAGUCACAGAGUUAGAUUUGCGCUGUCUGUCCUCCAAGGAUGUCCCCACUUCAACAUUCCUGUGUCCCUACUGCAGGAGAGACUGGCAGAAAUAUUCAUGGCAGACAGAUUCCAGAGCUGACCCCAGGUAGGUUGCGUUAUUCAGCACUUCUCCUAGAGGAGUGGUAACAAACUGGGAGUUUGCUUAUUGCUCUGUCAUCACCUAGCAUAAAAAGGGAGAUUGUUCUCAUGAGCAUUGGCUUCCUUUACUGUACAGGAAAUCCCCACCUGUAAUCAUAGCAUACUAUCAGUAACAGAUGGAAUUAAGACCACUUCCUCCUACCCCCCUCUGUUGGCACUGUAACCCUUUGGGUAGUCUGAAUAAAGUCUCUGCUGAGACAAA